AUGUUAUAGCAUCUCAUAUAAUUGAAUAAAAAAAAGUAAAAAUUAAGUGUAAAUAUACAUUUAAUAUUAAUAAAAAAAAAAAAGAUAACAUUUUUACAUGAAUCUUCUAUAUCUAUAUUUUUAGGCGCUUUAUUUGGUCUAAUUAUAUAAUUAAUAAUAGGUAAAAAAAUUGAAUUUAAUCAUGAAAUUUUUUUUAAUUUAAUUCUUCCUCCUAUAAUAUUUGCAGGUGGUUUUAAUAUUCGCCGGAUAUUGUUUUUCUAAAAUUUCUUCCUGAUAACAUAUUAUGGUAUAAUUGGAACAAUAAUAACCUUUAUAAUAAUCUCUAUACUUACCAUUCAGGUUUAAAAUAUUACUUUUAUAAUUAAAUUUCCUAUAAAUACAUCCGAAUUAUUAUUAUUUAGCUCCGUAUUAUGUGCAACAGAUACAGUAACAGCCUUAAGUUUAGUUAAAGUGAAUUAAUUUCCUUAAUUAAAUUCUAUUUUAUUCGGUGAAGGUAUAAUAAAUGAUGCAAUUUCAAUAGUAAUUUUUAGAAGUAUAAAAAAUUAUGUAACCGAAACUGACUAAAAUAUGGAUAUUUCGAAAAUUAUAUUAAUUUGCUUAGAUUUUUUGAAAUUAUUAUUUGGAAGUAUUUUUUUAGGUAUUUCAAUAGGACUUUUAAUAUCUCUAUUUUUCAAAAAAUUCACCUCUUUUUCUCUUUUCCCAUUAAAAGAAAUGUCUAUAAUUUUUAUUUGUGGAUAUUUUUCAUAUUUAAUAGCCGAAGUAUUGCAUUUUUCAGGAAUUAUAUCACUUUUUUGUUGUGGUUUAAUAAUGGGACAUUAUACAUAUUUAAAUAUUUCAAAAGAAUCAUAAAAAGGAACUCAUUUAUCUAUAGAAACUAUUGGAUAUUUAGCUGAAGCUUUUGUUUUUGUAUAUUUAGGAGUAUCUUUAUUAAAUGUUAAUUAUUCAUAGUUGCAAUUUAUGUUUGCUAUUUAUUGUAUUUUAUCUAUGUUUAUAGCUAGAUUUACGGCUAUUUUUAGUUUAAAUUUUAUUAAUUAUAUAUUUAAAAGAGAAUAGAAAUUAAAUAAAUAAUAAUUAUUAAUGGUAUGGUAUUCUGGAAAUAUAAGAGGCGCAGUUUCAUUCGGUUUAAUUUUAAUGUUUUAAAGUGAAAAUAUAGAAACACUAGUAACUGUAGUAUUAUUAAUAAUAAUUUUCACUACUUUUAUUUUAGGAAGUUUAAUGCAAAUAUAUGGAAAAAAAAUAGGAUUAAAAAAUGAAGAAUGUGAACUAAAAAUAAAUAAUUCUAAUAAUAGUAUAGAUAGUGUUGAUAAUAAAUUAUAGAUGUCCAAAUUUAAUUAAAAAUUAGCAAAUUUUGAAGAAUAAUAUAUGAAGCCGAUUUUUACAAAUAAUAUUUAUAUUAAAUAAUAAAUUGAUUUAGUAUAAUUUCAAUAAAAUAGUUAAUAAUGA